AAGUGAAGGAGGGGAAAAAUAACGAGUGUUUGACGCUCCGGGCCAGUCACGGGAUUAUUUGGCUGUUUUAGGUUUAGCGUUAUCUGGAGGCGCCGAAGCGAUCUUAGCGCGGAUCACUCGACAACAAUACUUGCGGACAACCGCCCAGACGCGUCAAUUAGGUACGGCGUCUGUACCAAGACACCUCUCAGUUGAUUGUUUACGGACAGGGCUCGUGGCGGUGCUGACCUUCAUAAUGCUGCUGCUAUGAGAGAUGGUCCCAGCUCUACCCUUUCCACAAGGUUGUCCUACAGAUCACGGUACCUACCACGAUAGCCCGCAAAUCGAGCAGCAAUGGCGAUUCAAUUGCCCCCAGGCUAUGUUGACGUGGCCAAAGCGCUUGAAACGCGAGGUACUAUCAAUGUAAUGGGCGUGGUCGUGGAUAUCUGGGGUGGCGCGUUCAAAAGCCAAGGCACCUCCACCUGCAUAACAUUUACAAUCAAGGACUGCAACCUGAAUAACGGGCAUACGUGGGAUGGCCUGAAAGUCAGGUACUUCACGGAAACAGAGACCAUGUUACCCCCCGUUCAACAAGGUGACGUAGUUUUACUCCGUAAUCUCUGGGUUAAAGUAAUAACAGGCGCGCCUCAAGGAGUGGCUGCUCAAGAUAAAAAAAUUCCAUGGGCCAUCUUCCGCCCAGAUAGGGACCCGACCUCACAUCAAUCUGCACUCACUGGUCCAGUACCUUUCGAUCCCACUUACCAGGAGAAAUCUUGCGCGUUGACAUUACUAGAGGCUACCCCGACGUCGUUCCGUAGCACUACUAUUCCCAGACCAGAUUUUGCGCAGGUUUCCGUAUCCAGGUCAACUUCAGCUACUCAGCGAAAAUUUUCGCUGCUUAAAGACGUCGAAGAUCGGCAAUUCGUGGAUCUUAUUGGAGAGAUAGCCAAAAUACAUAGUAACGAUAGCGAAAAGGCAACUCUCUAUCUCACUGACUACACGGAAAACGAGAACUUGUUCUUCUAUGCGUCUGACAACGAUGAUUAUCCAGACCAUGGCCGCGAGGGCGACGAAUACAACUAUAUAAAACGCCCCAAAAGGAAAUGGGACGGCCCAUCCGGCCGUAUGACUAUUCAGAUAACACUAUGGGAACCACAUGCAUCAUUCCUACGGAAUAACUUUAACGAAAAUGAUAUUGUUCGCCUCAAGAAUGUUCGUAUCAAAGGAAGCCGUGUUGAAGGAGGAACUCUGGAAGGCGUCAUUCAUACCAAUCGCGAUAAUUCAGCCGCCACGAACAUUUUCCCAAUCAAUUACAGCAAUGACACCCGGGUUCAGGAAUUGCUUUCCCGAAAAACGGAUUACUUGGAAGCGCACCCGGAAAGGGAAAAGCGAAAACCACACGAGGACCCGGAACAGCCCUCCAAAAAGUCCAACUCAAAAAAGAAGAGGGUAAAAACACAAUCGAAAACCGAAUCCGGUCAGACAACUCUGGGUGUCAGCAAACGGAUUGCUGUGAACGACUACGUAAAACCACGGGUUCCUCCAGGCGUGCCUUCUCAGACCCUUGAGGAUAUCAUAAGCAACCCGUCUCACAUUAAUUCAUCCCCCAGCGGCAUCAAAUACCGUCUUCCCUUCCAGAACCUCUGCUAUCUCAGCACAGUUCGUGUUGUAGAUUUCUAUCCUCCCCUAUUAGAGGAUUUCGCUGUCCAGAAGGAACGUAUCUCGCUUACAUACGACAAAAGACGUGACCCUGCUACGUCCCGAACUGACCCACAAUGGGAAUGGCGCUUCUGUCUUCUUGUAGAGAGUAUUUCUCCGGCCACGGGUCGACAGCCAAAAGAGCGGGUUAAACUCUUUGUUUCUAAUGCCGAGGCAGAGCAUCUCCUACAAUUGAGUGCAUAUGACCUGCGCCUCAACCUGGGCGUUUUGAAUCAAUUGAGGGAAAGGCUCUUUGUUUUAUGGGGAAAUCUGGAAGAGCAGAAGAAAAUUGCAAUGGAAAACGGCAAGGGUCCCCUAGAUUUUGGACCCAUCUCGUCACGACCGUUCAAUUGUUGUCUUAUGGAAUAUGGCAUUCGAUGCAGUCAUUUUGGUGAAUCGAACAAUGCUGGCGACAACGCAGGCUUUAGUGGUUGUACUAAUCAGGAUUGUUUUGGUUGGGAAAGGCGAUUUGGGUUGUUGAAGACGACUAUUCACUGAUUAUCAGACACAAUAAGUGUUCACGUAUGAAAUAAGAACGGCUAGUCAUUGCCGCCCUGGGGGCAUUGAGCGCUGUACAGUAUUGGAUUUUACUGCAGCAAGUUUACCUAAAUACAUAGCUUUUAGCCUGGAUGAAGCAAGAAAGAAAAAGGAGCCCCCCAGAACGAUACAAGAUUCGAAGCUCAGCGGCCGCGACGCCAUUAUAUUAGAGCCAGGGUUACUUGAAAUAAAAGGCGAUAAAUGUUUCAUCAGGAAAUUAUUUUGCAUCCAGAAAUCAAAGGCUAG